AUGGAUACCAAUCCCGACCUAUCCUCGAUUGAACUACCUCGAUCCGUUGAAGAAGAGGUAAAACAAUUUUUAAAUGGAGACCAAAACCAGCCUGCCUUUGAUCAAGUAACCCAUCUCUUGUUCCUUUACGAGAAAGGCAAUUAUGAUGAGGCACGAAAAAUAUUGGUUGGCGGCCUCGACGCGUGCAAGAAGCUGAAGCUAGAGUCUGAAUCCGAUGAAAUCGAUGUCAUCCACGCCCAUAUGCUAAAUACUAGUGCUAUUCUUGAUGAUUGUGGAGGAUAUUUUGACUCCCAAAUUGAGAAGCUCAAAGAGGUCCUGGAAAUCUGGAAACGCGUGCUUGGCGAAUAUCACGAAGAGAUUUCUGGUGUUCUCAAUAACUUGUGUCUAGCAUACGAAAGCGCUAUGCAGUUCCAAACAUCAUUGGGGGGGCCAUACCUGGUGACACUUUACUCGGACAUAGUAACCCAGGAGGCUCUUCCAGCGGUUCCGCAGUUUCUGUUGCGGCCGGUUUCACUCCAUGGUCUAUUGGGCCUUGGGGGAAUGGCUAAAACAGCACAAGAUCUUGCUGCGCUGACUGAGAUUCUCUUUCUUACAGUGCCUGGCAGUCCAAUGGCCGGAAAGAGCUUAAUAGCAGACUUUUCGAGUUCUCUCGAUGGACUCCGUCUAGGGUUUGUCGAACCGAAUGAUUGGAUGUUCUCUUCAACGAUUCUUGAGCCAGACGAAACGUACCUGCAGCAGCGACGAGACCAUUGGAACCACGCAAUGAACGAGUUGAAUCGCCUGGGAGCGAAGAUCAUUUGUCCGAUUAAGAUCAAGAAGACUUCCGAGUACACCUUCGAAGGCAAGAGCAGCUACCAAGUGAUUCGUUAUGGCGGCUGGAAGCGUAUCGUAGCCGAUUAUCUAGAUAAUUUGGCAGAGAGUAAGGUCCACUCACUCGAAGAUAUUGUAGAAUUCAGCAAACAGAACCCUGACCUGGAGUUUUCUGACGUUUGCCCGAAUCAAGACUCUUUGCUUAAUGUAUUAAAGUACGAUAUUCCUGCCUCUGUAGUGGAUGAUGCUGUCAGAGAUGUCCGCCAAGCCGCUGGUCCCGAGGGUAUAGACCGCGUACUGAAGGAGUAUUGCAUCGACGCUAUCAUAGCACCGACUGAUAGUGAUAUCCAUAAGCUCGCGUCCUUUUCAGGUUAUCCUAUGGGCACUAUGCCACUAGGCUAUCUGCUUCCUAUUGGGCGCCCUCAUGGGUUAAGCAUCUUCACAUCCAAAUACAAUGAUUCAUUGAUACUGAGAAUCAUGCACGUGUAUGGGACAAAGUCAUUUACUCGGAAGAUACCAUCUCAGCUGGAAGCGAAUUCAGUCGGAAAGGUCUGUAUUUGA